UCCACAACAAACAUGUCUGCUUCCGCUGGAGGUGAAGCACACAGCUGAUCUGUGGAAUGAUUAUGACACAAGGAUUACCAGUUAUGAAGUUGCCCGGCAUUUUGUUAACUCAGAAUAGAAGAUGGUCCAUCUACCCACCUCUACUACUGUGUCGAAUAUCGUGUCAUCACAUUGUAGGCUACGUGUUUUAUUCAACCUUUAGUCAAAGAAGGAACAUUAAAGAAUGUUACAGAAUCCUGGAUGUUCCUGAAGGAUGUUCCUUGGAGGAGGUCAAAAAUUCGUACUUAAAGCUGGCAAAGAAAUAUCACCCGGACAGUGGCUCCGUCACCGCCGAUGCUGACAAGUUCAUGCAGAUUGACAAAGCAUACAAAGCUUUGCUUUUACAUCUGCCUAAGGAGGUGAAAAAGGAAGAAACUCGCAAGGAGGAAGAUGAUGGAUCAGAGUAUAAAACCCCACAGCACAGGCAGUAUUUGAGUUAUGAAGGUGUUGGCUAUGGGACACCAAGCCAGAGGCAGAGACAGUACAUGCAGUUCCGUGUAGACCGGGCCAGUGAUCAAGUUCUGGAAUUUCGAAAGAAAAAUUUAGAGAGGGAGUAUGCCGAAAACACGAUGUUGGUAAAAGACAUAAAGCAGAGUAAAAAAGCGAAAUUAACCCAAGCCGUUGAACGUUUGGUAGAAGACCUCAUCCAGGAGUCAAUGGCGAAAGGUGAGUUUGACAACUUAAGCGGAAAAGGCAAACCUCUUGAGAAGUUCUCCUACUGUCCACAUGUUGACCCCAUGACCCAUAACCUCAAUAGAAUAUUGAUCGACAACGGCUAUCAACCGGAGUGGAUAGUUCUGCAGAAAGAAAUCCGGGAGACCAUCGACAAGCUCAGGAGCGAGGCUUUGACUUCUCGGAAGAAGUUAGGAGACCCGUUGACUUACGCUACGAACAAGCGGUGGGAUGAAAUUUGUGAACGUUUGAGAGAAGAUAUCUCGAAGCUCAACAAGAAGAUAAAUGAUUUUAACUUGGUUGUUCCUCUUUUGAGCAGACAAAUGGUUCAUUUUAAUGCAGAUAAAGAGAUAGGAAGAAUUGAACAAGCGCAUUUGUCUUUGCAAGAAGAGGAACGAGAAGCACAAAAAGAAAUUCAAGAAUCGAAACACGUCGAUGAUAAACAGUUUAAUUUGAAAGAAAGCCUUAUCAAUUGGAUAAACUGUCUGAAAAUGUCAUAAAAUAUAUAUCAUGGUAAACAAGUUGCUGUUGAUGACCUCAUUAGCAUGUUUUUCUUCUAUUAGAGACAAACUUGAAGGGGAGAGA